GCCGCAAAAUUUAACAGAGGAGUUUGAAACAAAAAGCGUAAAAAUGGAUGACAACAACGUGGAGCAGACCCCAGCUUCUCAAAGGCUUACAAAUGAAGACUUUAGGAAGCUGCUGAUGACCCCUAGGGCUACGCCCGGGGGCUCCGGGGGCUCCCACCCCACGGGCUCGGUGCGAGAAGCCAUGGCCAAUGCUGGGUCUAUGCAACCUCCCGCCGAAAACAAAGGUGAGCUUCGACGAAAGAAGAAGUCUUACUACGCUGCACUGAAGAAGCAGGAAGACAACAAGCUAGCUGAAUUAGCAGAGAAGUACAGGGACCGCGCUCGGGAGCGGAGGGACGGCGUCAAUGAGUUGGGGCCUAUGGACCCUACCAGCAACACUAGCAGUGCUUACAGAGCUGUAGCACCAGAUUUGAAGUCGGGAAUGGACGCCAAAGAGAGAAGAAGACAACUUAUUCAGGAGUCCAAGUAUCUUGGAGGUGACAUGGAACAUACCCAUUUGGUGAAAGGUCUUGAUUAUGCUUUGCUGCAAAAGGUGAGGUCUGAGAUACAGACAAGGGAACAGGAGCAGGAAGCUGAAAUGGAACGUCUGGUCACGGCUCCCGUGGAACCCGUUAAAGAGAAGAAAGAAGUGCCUGUGGAAGAAGAAAUGCAGUUUGAAACGACAAUGGCGAAAAAUAUCUACAACAUGAUACAAGAACAGAAGAACAAAAAAAUAAUCCGUAACGAGAUGUUCGGUCCCGGUCGCAUGGCGUAUGUAGUGGAACUAGACGAGGAAGCAGGCGCCGACAGCGACAUACCCACAACUCUCACUAGGAGCAAACACGACGUGCCUGAUGCCGCAGCCCCGGCCGCCAGUGCUGCCGGCGACCUGGUGCUGGACAAACUGGCUCAGAUCUUCUCUUACCUGCGACAUGGCAGACAUAGGAAGCUCAAGAAGACCAAGGAUAAGGCAUCAGAGAAGGGUCGAGCCGACGACUCGAUCUACGGCGAAAUCGGCGAGUACACCGCGGGCGAGCGGCACGAGCGGCGCGACGACAGGCCCAGGGCGGGCGGGUACUUCGACAAGCCUGCUGAUGCUGAUAAAGAUGAUGAAUACCUACCAGCAACAGAACCAGUGGGCCGCAUCCGAGAAGAGAAGUCAGUCCGUUCAGCCGCCCUGCUGUCCCGCCUGGCCGCCGAGCCCGAGGGCUACGCCGAGUGCUACCCCGGCCUGCGCGAGAUGGACGACGCCAUCGACGACUCGGAUGACUCCGUCGAUUAUACCAAGAUGGAUGCCGGGAAUAAGAAGGGGCCUAUAGGUCGCUGGGACUUCGACACCCAGGAAGAGUACUCAGCCUACAUGAGCAGCAAGGAGGCGCUGCCCAAGGCCGCCUUCCAGUACGGAGUCAAGACGCAGGACGGACGCAAGACCAGGAAGACUAAGGACAAGAGCGAGAAGGCUGAACUCGAUAGGGAGUGGCAACAGAUCCAAAACAUAAUUCAAAAACGUAAAGCGCCGCAGCCAACCGAAGAGCCUUCAUAUAAAUCCGCUAAAUACUAGCAUCCGGCCGACCCGUAGGCGUAGUUCUCCUACGCCUAGAGGACUUUCCUACAGUCGUAGGAGAUAUCGGAUAUUUAGAUCGAGUGUUCUAAGGAUAGUGUGUGUGAUAUAUACGCUAAACACAUAUGUAUAAAUUGGUAGUUUAUUCGAUAUUUUGUGCGAAAGAUAACGUGACACUUAAUGGAGGAACCUUCGCAUAAAUCCAUCGAAUACUGCCCCGUACCCGUAGGCGUACUUCUCCUACGGACUUUCCUACGGUCGUAGUAGUAAGCAUCAGAUAUGUAGGUUGGGUAAUCAGCAUAGUGUGUGUGAAAUACCUUUCCUACAGUGGUAGGAAGAUAUUUGUAGAGCUAGGAGUGAUAUUGGCCACGAUUUUUUAAUACUGUAUCACGCAUUAUGUAAUGCUAAGUAUACAUUUUAUAAUGUAAAGAAAUUGUUAUAUAUUUUGUAGCCCAGAUGCAUUCAACAAGUCGUCUAAAAUUAGUUCAGAGAUUGGAUACCAUUGGUCAGUCAGUUUGUUUUGGCAACUUUUUCAAAGUCAAAUUUCUUUAUGGUAUAUUUAGGUAAUAAGUACAUAGUACAUGAUGAAGAAUACAUAAUAAUGUGCGCUAUAUUUCGCUCACAGUCCGGUCAAAAUAGACAUUUGAAAUAACAAAAAUUCCCGGAAAGCCAAAUUUUGGUGGAGAGCUUGGGUUUACCAUUAUAAAUAAAAUAAAGUACCUAUCGAUCACAUGUGUGCAUCAAAAGUUAUUCGAGGUCAAAAGUCAAAAUUUGAGGAUUUUUGUUUUUUUUUUUCGAAAACCUUACUUUUUAUCAAAGAAAACAUUUUAGCAAAGUUUAAAAUUCACAAACAUGAUUCAAAUUUUUUAUACUUCUCUUUCCACCUUAUUAUAGGUAAAAUGUUCUUUAAAAAGUGCUUUUUUAAAUCACAUUACUGGGUCUAUAUCUUGUAUUAUGUGGUAACUAAUUAUACUUUGCAACUUAUUAUGAAUUUUAUCAAAACAUUUAACAAGUGUUCUUUCUAUUCAGAAAUUCCAACAGUAGUUGAAUCCUCAAAUUUUUUAGUGUUUGCGCUUGCGAGGUCAAAUAUGUACAGGAUUGUACGUAAGUAAAAAUAAAUAAUGUGUGAAGUGGAUAGUAUGCCUGAUAACAAUGUAAUCUAUAAUUUGUAUAGUUAUAGAUUUUGUGGUAAGACAUGAAGUUAAUAUUGUACAUAGACUAUUAAACAAUAUAAUGUGUUGAAAGAAA